GCGAAUUGGCAAAUAUGGCUUCCUUUUCCCCUCUUUUCCUCUCAUUCUUCGUCUCUAUGCUUCUAUGCUUAGAAGCUAGGACAUUGCCCAUCUCAUCUCUUGUUAGCAAAGACCUAUUUGAUUCCAUGUUUCUACACAAAGACGAUAAUGCAUGUCCCGCAAGAAAUUUUUAUACGUACGAUAUUUUUCUAAAAGCAACAAGAUGUUUCCCACAAUUCGGAAACACCGGAAGUUUAACUGUUCGUAAGCGUGAAAUUGCUGCUUUUCUUGCUCAAAUAUCCCAUGAGACCACUGGUGGGUGGGCUACUGCUCCUGAUGGACCCUUUGCUUGGGGUUUGUGCUUCAAAGAGGAAGUUAGUCCUCAAAGCGACUACUGUGACUCUACCAACAAAGAAUGGCCUUGUCAUCCUGGCAAAUCUUACAAAGGAAGAGGACCUAUGCAAUUAUCUUGGAACUACAACUAUGGAGCAGCAGGAAAGGCCUUGGGGUUUGAUGGGUUGAAGAACCCAGAAAUCGUAGCUAAUAACUCUUUAAUUGCAUUCAAAACUGCUCUCUGGUUUUGGAUGAAAGAGCAGAAGCCAAAGCCAUCUUGCCAUAAUGUGAUGGUAGGAAAAUAUCGUCCCACAGAAGCUGAUAUAGCAGCUAAUCGGACAGCUGGAUAUGGGUUGGUCACUAACAUAAUCAACGGCGGACUUGAGUGUGGAAUAGCCAACCAUGGAGGAGUUAACGACCGGAUUGGAUAUUUUCAGCGAUAUGCUACACUGUUUAAUGUUGAUACAGGGCCUAAUUUGGAUUGUGAAAAUCAGAAAUCCUUCUAAACAGAAGCUCUUUGUUUUUCGUUUUUCUAAUUAAUUAUCCAAUAAUAGCUUACUGGUAACAGGCUGACAUGCUGUGGGUACUAGUGUAAUUUACUUUUUU